AUGCUCCGCGGCCGCCCGCGGUCGAGAACCGACAAGAGGAAUUUUCCCCGAGUGUGGCCCGGGCUCCGUUCAAUUGCUGUCCACCGGGUCGGCGACAGAGCCACCUCCAGUCAUUCUCCUGCCGCUCGCCCGCCCGUCCGAGCGCCCCCAGCCCUCCCGCGAGGGCGCACCGGGACGGAAGGAUCCACCAGCCUGUCGGCGCCCGCCGUUCUCGUGGUCGCCGUCGCCGUCGUCGUUGUGGUCGUCUCCGCCGUCGCCUGGGCCAUGGCCAAUUACAUCCACGUCCCACCCGGCUCCCCGGAGGUGCCCAAGUUGAACGUAACGGUUCAGGAUCAGGAGGAGCAGCGCUGCCGGGAGGGGGCCCUGAGUCUCCUGCAACACCUGCGGCCCCACUGGGACCCCCAGGAGGUGACCCUGCAGCUCUUCACAGAUGGAAUCACAAAUAAACUUAUUGGCUGUUAUGUGGGUGAUACCAUGGAGGAUGUAGUCCUGGUGAGAAUUUAUGGCAAUAAGACUGAGUUGCUAGUUGAUCGAGAUGAAGAAGUAAAGAGUUUUCGAGUUUUGCAGGCUCAUGGCUGUGCACCACAACUGUACUGUACCUUCAAUAAUGGACUAUGCUAUGAAUUUAUACAAGGAGAAGCACUGGAUCCAAAGCAUGUCUGCAACCCAGCCAUUUUCAGGCUAAUAGCUCGUCAACUUGCUAAAAUCCAUGCAAUCCAUGCACACAAUGGUUGGAUUCCAAAAUCUAAUCUGUGGCUAAAGAUGGGAAAAUAUUUCUCUCUCAUUCCCACAGGAUUUGCAGAUGAAGACCUUAACAAAAGGUAAAAUUGCUUUUACAUUUGAAAUUAUGUUUUGCAUUGCAUUGCUCUAUAAUAGGGUUUCAAAGGUAGCUACAAGAUUUCUGUGUAUAAAAUCUGAUUUUAUCUCUGCAUU